AUGGUGAACCAGUCGCCAGCACCUCCCAGUAACAGGGUCAGUACUCCCGUCAACGGCGCAAACGGAGCGACAAAUUCCCCGGCGGUAUCUGGUGUCGCAGGGACGCCAACCGCGAACAACAAGCCUGCGAGGCCGAAACCGAGGGUUGACGUGGAGUCGUUGGUGAAUCAACUACAGACGUCGCUGGGCGAAGGAUGGCAGCAGUAUACGAAGACCGUGACGGACUUUAUUACCGGGAAGGCGAUACGUCCGGAGUUCGAUCAGCAGAUAUGCGAACUUUUGGAUAAGAAGCAGAUCAAGUUGCAUAACGAGAUCAUGAUGGCGAAUUUGGCGAAUGUGAUACGAGAUGUACCGCCUAUGACGGGGAAUCAUCCGACGGAGUGGAGCAAGAAAAGGAAGGAACCGCCGAGGAAUAAUGGUGGGAAAGGGGAUGCCAAGUCCAAGCGGCUCAAGGAGGAGAUCAUGAGCUUGCCUCCGAGGGAACGACAUCGUAUCAGAGCGAUCGGAAGAGAUGCACAACGACGACCGACGCCGCUUCCAAGUACGCUGUGGGAAUCACGACAGGCGAAGGUGCCUAAGGUUCCCCAGACGAGAGAUAAGCUUGGCACAGACACCACUUUCGCGCAUGAUAUUCAACAGGGUUUUCAGGCCCCACUUGCGGCCGACGCGCUCGAAAUCCCGGAUCAAAACAACCUGAAGGACCGCGUUCAAGGUAUCGCGCUGCAGCAUGGAUUACUAGGGGGCGUCGCAAAAGGCGUUCCGCAGGUUUUGUUGGCGGGUUUAGAGAACCACCUGAAGGCAGUACUCGAGAGCACGAUCACCCGAGUGAGAAAAACGCAGAUGGACGGUGCACCAUUACCUGAGGCCGCAGCUUCGGGAUCUAGUAACUCUGGAUCCGGAUCGCGUCCAUCGACUACUGCUGGCGAGCAGGAACUGCCGGCAGGGUCUGCAAUCACGGUGGACGAACUGACGCUGUCCCUGGAUUUGUACCCUGAGACACUUAUUGAGGGAUAUCCCACGUUCGAGAGGAUUAAGAGUGUGACUUUGGGAGACGCAUACGCGUCAUUGACACCGCCUCAGUCCGAUGGUGAUGAAGAUCCCCGGAAGAAGAUCGUUAGGGAUGCGUAUGAAUUGGAUGCAGCAGUGAAGCGUGAUCCGACCUUGAAGGAAAGGAUGGAAUUGGCAGGCAUAUUGGAUGAGAUUCUGGCGUAA